AUGGCGACGGUGCCUGCGGUGGAGGAGGCACGGCUGGCUGGGAAGGCAGGUUACAAACAGGCCGACACGCGCCACUUCGUAAGCCAUCUCGAUGAUGCCCUCAAGCGGAACAAGAUAAGGGCCUUCAUUGACCGCGAGCUCGAAAGAGGACUAGAGAUUGCACCAGCAAUCAACGGAGCGAUCGAGCAGUCAAGAAGCGCCAUAGUGGUCAUCUCUCGCACCUACGCCUCCUCGCCGUGGUGCCUGGAUGAAUUGGAUAAAAUCCUCGAGUGCCAGGAAAAGAGAGGCCAACUAGUGUUCCUCAUUUUCAUGGACAUUGACCCCAGAGAGAUGCGCGAGCUGUCUGGACCAUUCACGCAAAUCGGCCAAAGCGAGAAGGGUUUCGGGCAAGAGAAUGCCGACAAGGUCCUUAGAUGGAGAGAUGCUCUCCGCAAAGCUGGAAAUCUCACCGGUUGGCCUCUUGGAAACAAACUUGAAGCUGAAUUCAUCCAGUCUGUUGUAGAGAAAAUCUCAAGAAGACUGAGCCGCUUACGUGCGAACCUGCCUGCUUUCCACCCAGCUGGGUUGGAUUCCCAAGUACAAGCCUUGUACUCCUUACUCCAAUUAGAGGCUGGGGAGGUCCGAAUCGUGGGAAUUUCUGGCUCUAGCGGAAUAGGAAGGAGUACACUUGUGAGAGCUUUGUAUUACCGAAUUGCAGAUCAAUUCGAUUGGAGUUACUUUCUCACAAAUGUGAAUGAUAUAUCAAGCCAAGAUGGCCUCUUCAAAAUGCAGGAGACCCUUUCUAGUGACAUUCUCAGCAAUGGAGUUUCAGAGUUUGGCAACGGUAUUCAUGUAGUAAUAAAAUUCAUGAGGAGUAAGCUUCACAACAAGAGGUGUCUACUGGUGCUUGAUGAUGUUGAAGGGUUGUCUAGGCCACUAAGCCACCUUAUCAAGGAAAUAAACUUAGGCUUGGGAAGUAGAGUCAUUUUGAUUCCUAAACGCAAAGAAACCUUAAUUGGUAUGUGCGGGGAAAUUUAUGAGGUAAGAGCAUUGAAUGAUGAUCAAGCUCUCGAGCUUUUCAGUUGGAAUGCAUUCCGAGAAAGAUAUCCUAAAAGUGACUAUAAAAUGCUCUCAAAUUGCUUCACUAGUUUUUCCAAAGGGCUUCCAUUGGUUCUGACCGUGAUGGGUUCUUUCUUGAACGGCAAAAGCGUCAAAGAAUGGCAAGGAGCUUUUGAUCGACUAAAAGAAGUCCCUCAAGGAAAGGUUCAUGAAAUACUAAAAAUUGUUAUCAAUGGCUUAGAGGCUAAUGAGAGGACGAUUUUUCUCGACAUCGCAUGUUUUCUUAAUGGAUAUGACAAAGAAGAGAUCAUCAAGUCCCUAGAGAAAUGCGAUGUGCAUGCUGAAAGUGGGUUAGAGAUUCUGGCUAAAAAAUCGCUCAUAUACAUUGAUGAAAAUAACAAAAUAUGGAUGCAUGAUUUGCUACAAGAAAUGGGUAGACAAAUUGUGAUUCAAGAGUGCCCUGAAAAUCCCAACAAGCGAAGCAGAAUAUGGUGUCAUAAGGAUGCUUUGGAACUGGGAACAGAUGCCAUUGAAGGGAUCAAACUAGAAAAGGUUGAUGUAGAAGACUUGAUUGUGAAUGCAAAUUCGUUCAAUAAGAUGAAGAAACUCAGACUAUUUAUGAUGGCUGAUCAUGUCCUUCAAUGUGGACCAACCAGACAUCUAUCGGAGAAGUUGCAGAGGUGCUUCGCACGAAACAGCAACAAUAUGUUCGCUUGUUGGGAGGGACUGGUGAAGCAAAUUUCCAAGUUCUGGUCUCAUGGAGACUGA